CACUGUGAGUUGGCCUUCGUGCUAACAGAGGAGCAUUAUUUUACUUCCAGCUAGUGUAGAAAUGGUGACCCUAAUGAGUGCAGUAUUUGUGCUUCUACAACAUGUGGCUAUUUUUCUUAUUAUUUCGGUUGAUUGUGCCAAAGAUUAUUCAUAUUUCGGAGCCCCUACACUGGAUGAAAUAUCGGUAAUGGUGACUGGCUUUGCGUAUGAGAAUGGCAAGCGAAUUUUGUGGGAUGACGCAGACGAAGACAGAGGAAAUUUGAAAUAUGCCAUGAUGUAUGCUUCUAUAUACAGAACAGUGAGAUUGACAACACUACUUACUCUUUUUAUCCGAACGAGGUCUUUACGCGUCCUGAAAAAAGAACAGGUCAUUCCAAGUCACGAUGUUCAAGCUCCUCAGCUAACAGACCAGCAAAGCACAUAUGGAUUAUCCUGCUGAUGAAAUGUACAAAGACUUUACUGUGAUAUGAUUGGGAAAAGAUCAAAUUUACCAACACAUGUUAUUAAACCUAACUGGUUUAAUGUUAUCCGAUUCAAACUGUGAGCCGAUAGCCACGAGCGCACAGGACUUCUGGUUUUCAUAAACAGACAGUGCCUUAAUCGAACAAAAUGCAGUGCAUAAUGCAACAUUAUUUUGAUUUACAAAAUGAGGUCAGACAAAUAAUCUCAUUUAUUUACCGAUUUUUUUAAUUCGAAAUAAAAAUCAAUUUAUC